AUGUACAUCAACAUUGACCAAGUUUGUUCGUGUCUUUCAAAUCAAGGAUCUUGCUCAGUAGCCACCUACCGGUAUAGUUCUGAGUGCCGAACACAAUACAACAGUGGCGCACAGACUAGUCAUCAAGGAUCUUAUACUGGGUUUUUGGGUGCUCAUGUCCGUGCACGAGCGUAUUCGGAACGCGGUAUUUCUUCUGACUACGCAAAAAAAGAUGCUGAACUGCAUUGCUUGUCAGCGUUCAACUGUACUUGGCAGAACACUAUUGAAGAUGAUUUGGAUUGGGUUCUCGGAGAAGGCCAUGUUGACCCCACAAAACUAGCUCUGAUAACUGGAUCUCAGUCCCUUCCUGGAAGUUUUGAUCAGAGCUUUUUGAUACUUGCAUCCGAUCCGCGCCCAUCCCAUCAAAAUGGGCAAUUAGUGUCUUUGGCAAUUGGUUGUCAACAAUCUACGGGCAUAUUGAGUUUUCGUUUCUGGAGAAGUCGAGCAAGAACAAUUGGAAGUGAACCGAAGCUUGAUAUUUGUACGAGAAAAGUUCUGGAGGCAAACCUUGAAAACUGCAUGACUGUCGUUCCCACCGACAACCAUACAAUUAUUGCAAGUAUUCCACCAGUAAUGGAACCUUUUGUGAUCGUCCUGAAAGGGUAUAAUUUCGAAAAUGAACCAGAAGGAGGAUUGAUUCUGCUUGAUGAAAUUGAAUACUUUGCGGAACUUGAUCAACCGGAAAAUUGUAUUGUAAAGGAAAUCGGAGGAAGGGAACUUGAAUUGUUCAAAUCUGGAAGCAGCAAAGAAGUGAAAGAUGAUGAGCAUGUUGUAUCAGGUGACACUCCAGACUUUCCACCAGAACCUCAUCUUGUGUCUCGAGAAGUGAAACAACAAGCAGCACCAACUAAAGUGAAUGCAUCAAACUCAAUAAAUGAGUUGAUUCUACUCAAUGAAAGCGUGGACAACGAUUGUCAGUCUCUGCAAUGUUUGAUGGACCAACAUAAUGCACCUUGCGAUUACAAACGUUCUGGAACAGGUGCCUCCGGAGAAGGCUAUUUGGUUGGAUGGCGUAUCACUUCUGUAAAACGAAAUGUGGCAAAUAAGUUGACUGGAAUUCAUACUCCUCCAGAUUCUUCAAAAGAGAAACCUUUCUUGGUCGCUAAUUUUGUUGGCUUUUCCCGAGGAAAAACAGCCGAUCGGUUUGUCCUGGAAGCGCCGGAGUUCACAAUUAGCGACGCACCGGGCGCCUACCUAAGCUUCCGCAAAUUUCUCUCAACAAAAGGAUUGUACCUUUCCGUUUGUGAAGAUGGCUUUGCAACUAGAUGCUUCUGGAAUGUAUAUGAAAACAGUGCAAAACCAUUUGCGAGAGAAUGGACAAAAGAAGUUGUCCUGUUACCAGGAGAAAUAACUACCUUUUACAUUGUGGCAUGGCAAAAUACCUCAGCAGUAAUGAAUGUCGGACAAGUUGGAAUAACGGAAGUUGGUCUUUUCACGGAUUCCCAAGCGAUAACUCCACUAUGCUGA